AUGUUCAAAAUCAUCCUUGUUCUUGCAUGCUUGGUUCUUGCAUUCACAGUAUCCUUCACCCAUGCUCAAUUCGGUAAUGCUUACAAUGGUGCCUAUGGAUAUCAAGGUGGUGCUGGAUCGAAUUAUGGUGUGGCAGGUGGUAAUUACAACAGUUAUGGACAAAACACCAUGGCUUAUAGUAAUCAAGUAGCUGCAACCAACUAUCAACCAUAUGCUGCCUAUGGAUCGUAUUAUACUGGUCCAACUGCUUAUGGUAGUAAUUUCGGUAGUGCUUAUUCCAUGCCAUUCUUUGGUGGUUUUGGUGGCUUUGGUGUUCCAUACUAUGGAUAUGGUGGUUUGUGGAGACGAGGAGGAUUCUGGUGUUAA